AUGCUUGAAGCCCACGUCCACCCAGACACAUCUGUGACACUGGCCACUGUCCUGAUCCCGAAGAUAUCAGAGCCGAAUGACAUCCUGGUCCGCGUGGUCUGCGCAUCAUGCAACCCCAAAGAUUGGAAGAUGCCCGCGGGCCUGCUCAAGACGAUUGCGGACUGCCCCAACUCCGGUGAUGAUCUCGCAGGCGUCGUGGAAAAAGUCGGCGCCGAAGUCGCCUCCGUCAAGCCAGGCGACAGAGUGGCAGCACUCCAUCAGCUCGGUGCUCCGUACGGUGCGUACGCAGAGUUCGCGCUCGUGAAGGACUUUGUGUGCUUCAAGAUCCCCGACACAACGUCGUUCGAAGAGGCAGCCACUGUACCAAUGGCAGCAUACAUGGCGUGCAUUGCUCUGUUCGGGUUGUUGAAAGUAUGUGCUGGGCCGUGGGAAAUCGUCCGAGAAGAGACGCCACUGCUGAUAUACGGUGCAGCAACUGGAGUUGGGAGUAUGGCCGUUAAGCUGGCUCAGCUUGUAAACGUUCACCCUGUCAUCAACAUCGCGGGAAGUGGAUGCGACUUUGUCUCAGGAUUGAUUGAUAAGGAAAACGGAGACAUCGUCUUUGAUUAUCGAAAAGGAGACGAGACCGUUUUCAAAGGAGUCCAAUCUAUGCUCGGGGGAAAGCAGCUCGAGUAUGCAUUCGAUGCGGUCAGUGAGGAAUCAAGCCUGGCCAAUGUUGCGAAGAUCCUGAAGCCAGGUGGCGGGCGAAUCGCUCUGACGCUACCAGGGCGAGCACAUAAGUUACCAGAAGGCUUGAACAUAUCGCAUGCCAUGGCAGGCAGUCUGUGGAACACGCUCGCUGGACGUGACGAGGACGAAGAGCUGGGCAACCUAGGCCUCGAAGAAGGUGGACCUACAUUUGCCAGGGCGAUGACUUCGAGUAUUGAAGGUCUGCUAUCCGAUGGUCUUCUCAAGCCGCAUCCGCAUACUGUGUAUCGAGGAGGACUGAACGGCGUGGAGCCUGCUCUCAAGGCUCUCAGAGCGGGGAAAGUUAGUGCGUCCAGGUGCGUUGUCCAAGUGGGCGAUACGCCGGGCAUCCAGACAGAAAAGCACAAUCCUUGA